AUGGAACCCCAAAGCAACGCAGCAGCAACCAUGGCCUUGGAGAAGGAGAAGCUCUCGAGCGAGGUGCACUCGAAGCCUGGCUCUGCAAACGGGACCACGACAAAUGAUAACACAGACUCGGAGACGGGGGCUGCCGAAACAACACCAACGCCACCCGCCCCCGCACCCGCACCUGCUGCCGCCUCGCCAGAACACCCGUGGCCGCAGGGCAUCAAGCUCGCGUCGAUUCUUGCGGCUGUUGUGACCGCGUAUUUUCUGGUGUUCUUCGAUAUCGCGAUUGUGUCGACUGUCACGCCGCCUAUUACGUCCGAGUUCAACUCGUUGGUUGAUAUCGGUUGGUACAGCAGCGCGUACACGCUUGCGAGCUCUGCGUUCCAGCCUUUGAGCGGGAACAUUUAUCGCCAUUUUUCGAUCAAGUGGUCCUUCCUAGUGUUCCUCUUCAUCUUCGAGGUCGGCUCAGCACUAUGCGGCGCCGCUCAGUCCUCCACGAUGCUCAUCAUCGGCCGCGCCAUCGCCGGCUUGGGCUCAGCUGGCAUCUUCACCGGCAACGCCACCAUCGUCGCUAACGUCCUGCCCGCCCACCGCCGACCCAGAAUCAUGGGCAUCAACAUGGGCAUUGGCCAGAUGGGUUUCGCGCUUGGUCCCAUUCUCGGUGGCGCUUUUGCGACUGGCGUCUCGUGGCGCUGGAUCUUUUACCUUAACCUGUUUCUCGGCAUUCCCGUUGCUGCUGGCAUGCUGUUUAACGUCGUCCCCGAGGCCGCGCCCAAGCUGCCGGCUCGCAAAGUCCUCGGCACGGCGGUCAAGUCGCUCGACCUGGGCGGGUUCCUACUGGUUAGCCCGGCAGCUGUGAUGCUGCUUCUAGCGCUCGAAUACGGCGGCAGUCAGUUCGCGUGGAACAGCUCUGUGGUGAUCGGCCUGCUGGUGGGCGCUGUGGUCACCUUCGGCCUCUUCUUCUUCUGGGAGCGCUCGCAACGCGACACCGCGAUGGUCCCCUUCGCCAUGCUCCAACACCGCGUCAUCCGCUCGGCAACGCUCACAUCCUUCUUCAGCGUCCCCGGAAUCCUCAUCGCCGAUUAUUACCUCGCCAUCUACUUCCAAGCCAUCCUCAACGACUCCGCGCUCAUGAGCGGCGUGCACUUACUCCCCAAAACAAUGGUCAUGGUCGUCGCCACCAUCCUCACCGGCGCACUCACCCAAAAGACGGGAUACUACCUCCCCUGGAUCAUGGCCGGCAGUGCACUAUCCGCUAUCGGCUACGGUCUGCUGUCCACGCUGACUCCAACCACGUCGGUCGGAAAGUGGGUGGGCUACCAGAUCCUCAUCGGCGCGGGUAUCGGCGCCAGCGUGUCGGGGCCCAUGUUGGCUGUGCAGAACAUUGUGGCGCUGAAGCAGAUGCCCAAGGCCGUGUCCAUCGUGUUGUCGAUGCAGAACAUGGGCAGUGCCAUCUGGCUUGUUGUGGCCAACACCAUCUUCAACAACGAACUGCGCAAGGAGCUGCAGGCGAAGAUGGGUGUUAUUGGGCUCGACCCGAGUGAGGUUAUUAGCGCUGGUGCGAGGUCGAUCCGGCAUCUGGGCCUGGACCAGGCAGGCGUUGGUGCGGUCGUGCAGGCUUACACGGACGCGGUGGACAGGGCUAUGUAUCUAGGUGUUGCGGUUGUUGCGACGACCUUUUUGUUUAACUGGGGCUUGGGGAUGCAUAACAUUCAUACGGUUAAGCGUGAGGAGAUUGUGGACAAGAGGGCGCAGAAGAAGGAGGAGGCCAGCAAGGCGUAG